GAAUAUGGCCAAGGCUGUUGGUCAAAAUGGAAAGGUUGUUGCCUUUGAGCCGCAAAAGAAGCUAUAUGCUGAACAAACCCAUAAUUUGAAACUAAACAAUCUUCAAAGCAUUGUUGAGCUGAGGCGCCAAGUUCUGGGAGAAUGUGAAAAGAUAAUUCAGAUGAACCCUAGGAAUCCAACAAACGAAGGAAACUUGGCCAUUGGCAAUGGCGGAGACUCUGCACAGAUGAUCACGCUCGAUUCUUUGUUGCUUGAAAAUGUCUCUUUCAUUAAGAUAGAUGUCGAGGGAUACGAGGCUAAUGUUCUUAGAGGUGCAAAAGAAACCAUCGCCAAAAACAGACCCACGAUUAUUCUGGAAAACUGGCCAUUUGCAGCCGGCUACCACAGGGUUUUUGAGAUAUUGGAGGACUAUGGCUAUUCGUACACAAAAUUCAGCCAUUGUGAUUAUUUGGCAGUUCCAAAAGACAUAGCCAACUAG